AUGCAGGCAGUCGCCAUGUCUGGAUAUCAAGGGAAUAACGAAUACGCGGACGGCUACGGCCAGCAUCCGCCGCAAGGAAAUACAGAUUCUUACUAUCAGGAUGAUCAGCAGCAGUAUCAUGACAACAACGCUGCGCACGGCGGUCAAGCCAAUGAUGGCUACUACGAUGAGCACGGAUAUUACAACGCGGACGCCACGAACCCGUAUCAUCAAGACGGCGGCUACUAUGAGAACAACACCAACCAGCAGUACCAGGACGAGUACUACAACAAUGGCGGCAACCAGAACAAUGAGUACUACGACCAGGGCUACGACCAGUCGGCCGGAUAUGCUCAAGGCGGUCAGCGUCACGCGUCUGAGGAGGACUCCGAGACCUUCAGUGACUUCACUAUGCGCUCUGAUAUGGCUCGUGCUGCCGACAUGGACUACUAUGGCCGUGGUGAUGAACAGUAUGACUACACCGAUGGUCAGAACCCAGCUGGCGCCCGCGGCUUCCGCCCACCUUCUUCGCAGGUGUCUUUUGGCAACAACCGCUCUUCCGGGGCCUCCACUCCCAACUACGGUCUAGACUACGGAAAUGUUCUGCCUGCUGGACAGCGUUCGCAUGAACCGUAUCCGGCCUGGACCGCAGACGCCCAGAUUCCGUUGUCCAAAGAGGAAAUCGAGGAUAUCUUCAUGGAUCUAACCGCCAAAUUCGGGUUUCAGCGUGACAGCAUGCGGAACGUGUACGACCAUUUUAUGACUCUCCUGGAUUCGCGUGCAUCUCGUAUGACGCCCAACCAGGCUCUGCUGUCGCUUCAUGCCGAUUACAUUGGCGGCGACAACGCUAACUACCGAAAAUGGUACUUUGCUGCUCACCUGGAUCUCGACGACGCCGUCGGAUUUGCCAACGUCAAGGGCGACGUCCUCAAGCGGAAGAAGAAGAAGAACAAGAAGAAGGGAGAGGAAGAGAACACCAGUGAGGAUCAAGUCUUGCAGGAUCUGGAAGGCGACCAGUCUCUUGAGGCUGCCGAGUACCGCUGGAAGACACGCAUGAACCGCAUGUCGCAGCACGACCGUGUUCGCCAGAUUGCCCUUUACCUGCUCUGCUGGGGUGAGGCUAAUCAGGUUCGCUUCAUGGCUGAAUGUCUCUGCUUCAUCUUCAAGUGCGCCGAUGAUUACUACAACUCGCCCGCCUGCCAGGCCCUCGUCGAGCCGGUAGAGGAGCUGACCUUCCUGAACACGAUUAUCACCCCGUUGUACAACUAUCUGCGCGACCAGGGCUAUGAGAUCUCAGGCGGUGUUUAUGUUCGCCGUGAACUUGAUCACAAUCGCAUCAUCGGUUACGACGACUGCAACCAACUGUUCUGGUACCCAGAGGGCAUUGAGCGUAUUGUUCUCGAAGACAAGAGCAAGUUGGUCGAUCUGCCACCGGCCGAGCGGUACAUGAAGCUCAGGGACGUAAAUUGGAAGAAGGUUUUCUUCAAGACGUACCUGGAGAAGCGGUCAUGGUUCCAUUGUGUCACAAACUUCAACCGGAUCUGGAUCAUUCACGUUACCAUGUGGUGGUUCUACACUGCUCGCAAUGCUCCGACGCUCCUGGUUCACGGCUACGAACAGCAGGUGAACCAGCAACCGCCGACUUCUGCCCAACUGUCCUUUGUCGCCUUCGGUGGUGCUUUCGCUGCUCUUAUCCAGGUUAUCUCAACUUUUGCCGAAUGGUCUUACGUGCCUCGGAAUUGGGCUGGCGCAGAGCAUUUGACCAAGAAGCUCUUCUUCUUCAUCCUCAUUCUGGUCCUUAACAUCGCUCCCGGUGUCUAUGUGUUUAUGCCAGAGACGGACAAUGAUGCCUUUGUGAAGAAGCAGAAGAACCGCAUAUCUCUCGCUCUCAGCAUUGUUCACCUGAUCAUUGCUAUCAUCACAUACAUCGUCUUCUCGAUUAUGCCGCUUGGUGCCAUCUUUGGUAGCUACCUCACGAAGAACUCCCGCCGUUAUGUUGCCAGCCAGACCUUUACCGCCAGCUGGCCGCAUCUCAAGGGCAACGACGUUCUCAUGUCGUACUUUCUGUGGGCUUGUGUCUUCGGUACCAAGAUGGGCGAGUCGUACGUCUUUUUGGCUCUGUCCUUCCGUGAUCCGAUUCGGUACCUGUCGAUCAUGAAUGUGAAGAGCUGCCUUGGCGACACGAUUCUGAAGCGUUAUCUUUGCCCAUACCAGCCACAGAUCCUGCUUGGUCUCAUGGCGUUCACUGAUCUGCUCUUCUUCUUCCUGGAUACGUACCUAUGGUAUGUCAUCUACAACUCAGUCUUCUCCAUCGCGCGUUCUUUCUACCUCGGUUCAUCGAUCUGGACGCCGUGGCGGAACAUCUACUCUCGGCUGCCGAAGCGAAUUUAUUCUAAGGUUCUGGCUACCACCGACAUGGAGAUCAAGUACAAGCCAAAGGUUCUUGUCUCCCAGAUCUGGAACGCCAUUGUCAUUUCCAUGUACCGCGAACAUCUCCUGGCUAUCGACCACGUCCAGAAGCUUCUGUACCACCAGGUUCCGUCUGAGCAGGAGGGCAAGCGAACACUUCGCGCACCGACGUUCUUUGUUUCGCAGGAGGACCACUCCUUCAAGACAGAGUUCUUCCCUUCGUACAGCGAGGCCGAGCGUCGCAUUUCGUUCUUCGCCCAGUCCCUGUCGACACCUAUUCCGGAGCCACUGCCGGUCGACAACAUGCCUACCUUCACCGUCUUCAUUCCGCAUUACGGUGAGAAGAUUCUUCUGUCUCUGCGCGAGAUCAUUCGUGAGGACGAGCCAUACUCGCGCGUCACCCAGCUUGAGUAUCUUAAGCAGCUGCACCCGCACGAGUGGGAUUGUUUCGUUAAGGACACGAAAAUUCUCGCCGACGAGACGGCUCAGUUCAACGGUGACGGCGACAAGGAGGACGGCAAAGACAACAAGGAAGCUGUCAAGAACAAGAUUGAUGAUUUGCCGUUCUACUGCAUUGGUUUCAAGUCUUCUGCGCCGGAAUACACUCUGCGUACGCGUAUUUGGGCUUCUCUUCGCGCCCAGACUCUAUACCGUACCAUCUCAGGUUUCAUGAACUACAGCCGUGCGAUCAAGCUGCUUUACCGCGUUGAGAACCCGGAGGUUGUGCAGAUGUUCGGCGCCAAUUCGGACAAGCUCGAGCGUGAGCUCGAGCGUAUGGCCCGCCGCAAGUUCAAGAUCUGCGUCGCCAUGCAGCGUUACGCCAAGUUCAAGAAGGAGGAGAUGGAGAACGCCGAGUUCCUGCUACGCGCCUACCCCGACCUUCAGAUCGCCUAUCUCGACGAAGAGCCCCCUAUUGCUGAGGGUGAGGAGCCUAGACUGUACUCCGCGCUCAUUGAUGGUCACUCCGAGAUUCUGGAGAACGGCAUGCGUCGUCCCAAGUUCCGCGUACAACUCUCUGGCAACCCUAUCUUGGGUGACGGCAAAUCGGACAACCAGAACCACGCUUUGAUCUACUACCGCGGCGAGUACAUCCAGCUCAUCGACGCCAACCAGGACAACUACCUCGAGGAAUGCUUGAAGAUUCGCAGCGUAUUGGCUGAGUUCGAGGAGAUGAAGGUCGACAACGUGUCCCCGUACACGCCUGGUGUGAAGAACGAGACGUUUACGCCGGUGGCUAUUCUUGGUGCUCGCGAGUACAUUUUCUCUGAGAACAUUGGUGUCCUCGGUGAUAUUGCCGCUGGUAAGGAACAGACGUUCGGUACUCUCUUCGCGCGUACUCUGGCACAGAUUGGAGGCAAGCUGCAUUACGGACAUCCUGAUUUCCUCAACGGCAUUUUCAUGACAACGCGUGGCGGUGUUUCCAAGGCACAGAAGGGUCUGCAUCUGAACGAGGAUAUUUACGCUGGUAUGAAUGCGCUACUGCGUGGUGGCCGCAUCAAGCACUGCGAGUACUACCAGUGUGGCAAGGGUCGUGAUUUGGGUUUCGGCUCCAUUCUGAACUUCACAACCAAGAUCGGCACGGGUAUGGGCGAGCAAAUGCUGGCACGCGAAUAUUACUACCUUGGCACACAACUCCCCAUCGAUCGGUUCCUGUCCUUCUACUACGCGCAUCCGGGUUUCCAUCUGAACAACAUCUUCAUUAUGUUCUCGGUGCAGAUGUUCAUGAUCUGCCUGCUCAGCAUGGGCGCGCUUCGCCACGAGACGAUUCGCUGCUCGUACAACCGAAGCGUUCCUAUCACCGACCCGAUGUACCCGACCGGUUGUCAGAACACGGACGCGCUGCACGAUUGGGUCUACCGCUGUAUCCUGUCCAUCUUGGUCGUGUUCUUCCUGUCUUACAUCCCUCUGCUGGUCCAGGAGCUCAUGGAGCGUGGUGUUCUCCGUGCCACGACGCGUUUCUGCAAGCAGUUCUUCUCGCUGUCGCCCUUCUUCGAAGUCUUCACCUGCCAGAUCUACGCGAAUUCCGUGCAGCAGGAUUUGUCUUUUGGUGGCGCUCGCUACAUCGGUACAGGUCGUGGUUUCGCCACUGCCCGCAUACCGUUCGGUGUGCUCUUCUCGAGAUUUGCCGGGCCGUCGAUCUACUUCGGCUCCCGUCUGGUCAUGAUGCUCAUGUUUGCCUCCGUCACUAUCUGGCAGGCGGGUCUGGUCUACUUCUGGAUCACCCUGCUGGCCCUGAUGGUCUCGCCUUUUGUCUACAACCCGCACCAGUUCUCGUGGAACGACUUCUUCAUCGACUACCGCGACUUCCUCCGGUGGUUGUCCCGUGGUAACUCGCGCACGCACGCGUCGUCCUGGAUUGCGUACAGCCGUCUGUCGCGCACGCGUAUCACUGGCUACAAGCGCAAGGUUGCCGGUGACCCGUCUGCCAAGGGCUCGUCUGAUGUUCCUCGCGCGGCCUUUACGAACCUGUUCAUGAGCGAGAUCCUGUCGCCGUUUCUCCUGGUCGUCGUCACGCUUAUCCCGUACCUGUUUAUCAACGCGCAGACUGGUGUGCUCAAGAACAACCCGGAUGCAAAGGCGACUGCGUCGCUGAUCCGCAUCGCCAUCAUUGCUUUUGGUCCUAUCGGUGUCAACGCCGGCGUCCUGGCUGCUAUGUUCGGCAUGGCCUGCUGUAUGGGUCCCCUUCUGGCAAUGUGCUGCAAGAAAUUUGGUAGUGUUCUCGCUGCCAUUGCUCAUGCGGUUGCCGUCAUCAUGAUCAUGGUCUUCUGGGUCGUGCUUUUCUUCCUAGAGGGUUUCAACUUUGCUCGGACGGUCUUGGGCAUGAUCGUGGUGAUGGCUGUGCAGAGAUUCAUCGUCAAGCUUAUUGUCUGCUGUGUCCUGACACGUGAGUUCAAGACUGACCAGUCGAACAUUGCCUUCUGGACAGGCAAGUGGUAUUCUAUGGGCUGGCACUCGAUGUCGCAGCCCGGUCGCGAGUUUCUCUGCAAGAUCUCUGAGCUCAGCAUGUUCGCUGGUGACUUUGUUCUCGGCCACACGAUCCUCUUCUUGAUGCUGCCUGUCAUCAUCAUCCCGCAGAUCGACAAGCUGCACUCGAUGAUGCUCUUCUGGCUUCGUCCCAGUCAACAAAUCCGGCCUCCUAUCUACACCAUGAAGCAGUCCAAGCUUCGUCGGAGACGUGUGAUUCGCUUUGCUGUCCUGUACUUUGUCAUUUGCAUCAUCUUUGUCGCACUCAUUGCGGCGCCGCUUAUCGUGAAGAAGAUGAUUCCCAACAGCAUCACGGGUAUGCUGAACAGCACCAACCUGAUGCAACCCACUGGCCUCAACAACAACGACACAGAGGGCCACACACAGACCGGUACUGGCGCUGCGAACUACACGGGCUACCUGUUUGGGAAGACGGGAUCGGGAUCGGGAUCUGCCUCGACGGCGACGGCUACGGCAGACAGCAAGAAGAUCCGUUUGUUUUAG